AUGCCAGAAGGGCCUUCAGUGAGGAAGUUUCACCAUUUGACCUCCCCCUUUGUGGGGCAGCAGGUGGUCAAGACAGGGGGCAGCAGUAAGAAGCUAAACCCUGCCAGCUUCCAGUCCCUGUGGUUCCAGGACACCCAGGUCCAUGGAAAGAAAUUAUUCCUUAGAUUUGAUCCAGAUGAAGAAACCAAGUCUCCCAGCAACAACCCACUGCCAGAACCUCUACAAAAAGGAGAGAGGAAGAAAGAGGCUGGGGACCUAAAGCAGACCUCGGGUCCUGAAAGCCAGAAUAUUUCAGACCAGUGUUCCCAGUCUGGUAGUGGAGACAAUAGUUCUGAGUGUUUGGGGGGAGACAGCCCAGCAGGAGGUGCUCAGAGGUGGCUGCAGGUCAGCUUUGGUCUGUUUGGCAGCGUUUGGGUGAACGAAUUCUCCAGAGCAAAGAAAGCAAACAAGAGGGGUGACUGGAGGGACCCCAUUCCAAGGUUGGUCCUGCACUUCAGCAGUGGCGGCUUCCUGGCAUUUUAUAAUUGUCAGAUGUCCUGGAGCUCUUCCCCAGUGGUCCAGCCCACCUCUGACAUCUUGUCUGAAAAGUUCCACCGAGGACAAGCCUUGGAAGCUCUGGGCCAGGAGCAGCCGGUCUGCUAUACACUGUUGGACCAAAGAUGCUUCUCAGGCUUAGGGAACAUCAUUAAGAAUGAAGCCUUGUACAGAGCUGGGAUCCAUCCCCUUUCUCUCGGCUCACUCCUCAGUCCUCGGCAACUUGAGGUCCUCGUGGAUCAAGUGGUGGAGUUCAGUACAGACUGGCUUCAGGGCAAGUUCCAGGGCAGACAGAAUCACACGCAGAUCUACCAGAAAGAGCAGUGCCCUACCGGGCACCAGGUCAGGAGGGAGGCCUUUGGGCCUCCAGGUGGCUUCCAGAGGCUCACCUGGUGGUGUCCCCAGUGCCAGCCCAGGCUGCCACCCGACGAGCCAGAGCAAGCCCAGCUUUCCUAG